AUGUCUGCAGCCUUGUCAUCGCGUAUGCCCUUUAAGGCACCGACUACAGCUGAAGCGAUUUCUGAGUGGCCGCUAUCCCAAAUCGCCUUCUACAUUCGCCAGAUGACCAACAGUACCACACAGGAGGCGCUGGAUCAGAUGCUCAGCGCCAUCGCAAACAUCCGCGACAAGACCGCGCCGAACAUCCGCAUCGACUCAUACCCACCGAUGUCGAUUCUCCAAACAGACCACCGCAACGACAACAUCACAGACACCGAUUUUGGCUUCGGCAGGCCCGUAAUCUACCGACAUCUAAUCGAUCGCCUGACGCAGGGUGUGAUUGUCAUCUAUCCACCACGAAGUAACCCGUCUCCAGAUUCGGAUGAAGGGCCGGAAUUUUCUAUUUCGUAUGAGACAAGCCUAAAACAGGAGUUAAUUGAAGAUCCGGAGUGGAGAAAGUUUUUUGAAUACCCAGGCGUGAAUGCUAUAGACGCAUAA